UCGUUCAUACGCAGCUCUCCUGUCCACGUCGACGAUCCCGCUCGAUCGCUCCCCCGAUCCGGGUCCGAGCCGCGGAAAAACUCCGUCUGCGUCCGCCGAGUCGAAAACCGUUCGCGAAUUUUUUUGAAAAAAAUUUUUUUUUUUACACUCUCGUCGUAUACAAUUUUAUUAUACAUGUAGUUUUCGAAAAAAAUUUCGUCUACCUCCGAACCUGCCCGCGCGGCCAAAAGCGAUCGCGCGAUCUCGCGAAGUCCGGCGGGUCACUAUGAUCGGUCCGUCGCCGUCGCCGACGCUGUCGCUCGACCGGCCGGCGAAACGGUGCACACCGAUCGUCCGAACCAAACGGUAAACCGGCAACGACGAUAAUAUUAUAAUAUUAUUAUUGUAACACUGCCGCGGAAAUCACCGUCGCGAUCCGCACCUGACAUUCGUAUUAUAUCAUAUUAUAAUAUUUCACUCGUACGAUAUAUAUAGUAAUUUUUUUUUUUUUUUUUAUUUACAAUUCGUUCGCUCGAUCCGUGUAUUUAUCGCGUGUUAAACGUUCGUCUAAGAAUUUUUUCCGCGUCCGUUGUCCUAUAUAAUAUAUAGAGAUCGUCGGAAAUAUUAAUAAUCGCGUAUCCGCGGUACACCCGGCAAGAACGCGCUAAUAAUAUCGAGUAUCAUAUUAUUAUACCACCGUGUACCGGCAAUCUCAUACCGCACACCGGAGGCGAACCGCAGUGAUCGCCGACCGCGAAGAGCUCGCGCGCACGAGGAAAGGUCGGUAGGAGCCCACCGCCGCUGGCACGGACGGAGGGAAAACCGGCCAAAGGUCGACGGCAGGUCUAUCCGUGCAGACAUGGUGUGUGGCCGACGACGACGACGCCGCCGCUACGCACCUGAAUCCUCACCUGCUGCAUGAGUCGCGUUCAACCACUUACGUUAACAAAAAUAAUCCAGAGUGCUUUCGUUCUAUUAAUGGUGGUGUUGUGCGACAUUUGGAGGUGCGGCCCUGGCUAUGGAUUUGGGGUCCGACUGUACAACGAUUGCAGUAGUCGAAAUGUCAGGGUUGACUACCGGGGACGAGUUCUCGCCGACGACGAGACUUCGAAUCCAUUUCAAAACCUAACCGUCAAAUCCUUGGACUUCAGUAUUCGACUGUCGAUAUUCGCUGAGGAGUCGCAUCGGUAUUUGUGUUUCAACAACAAAUGGUCCCUUGUUGGUUCGAAACAUUUCCGCGGCCCGAAGUGUCUGUUCUACGAGGAGAUGCUGUCCACUGGGUACACACGGUACAAGUCGGUGGUCGACAAGUCACGGUACAUAGGUUUCAACCGGCGGGGCCGUCCAAUGAGGCGGCACGUGUUCCACACGGACCCGCUGAACCGAUGCCUAAACUUUCUCAAGCUGGACACCAAGUUUGACAUCGGCGACCACAAUCGCAAGGUGGCCGCUUCGUCGGGCAAGACCAUUGUCAUCGGCGGCAGUGGCGGAAGCGGAGGAAAGCGCAACGGCUCGUCCAAGAGACCGAUCGCGUCAGCCGGUGGCGGUUACAACAGAAAAUCGCUAACGACCUCCACGACGACCACCACGACCACCACCACGACCACCACCACCACCACCACAACGACCACUACACCACCACCACCACCACCUCCACCAUCACCGUCAACACAUCCUUCUUCUAAACCACCAGUCAAGCACAGUCGAAUUCGGUUCAGACACAACCGGCGCAACAGACACCGUCCCGAAGCCCUUCAAUCGUUAGAUCAAGACUAGAAUAGUAUUACAUUAUUUUACUAUUAUUAUUAUUAUUAUUAUUAUUAUGAUUUUUACUAUUAUUAUUAUUAUUAUUUAUCAUCAUCAUCAUCAUCGUUAUACUAUUCUCGAAACCAGGCUCGUAAAAAACUAAACAAUUAUUAUUACUAUUGUUAUUAAUAUCAUAUGAAUCCGCGAGGAAAUAGUAUACAAUGCCUAUAUUUAUUUUAAAUUUAAAACGGAACAAAUCCCAGAUAAAUAUACAGGUCAUAGGUUUUUUUUUUAUCUAUGAACACUCGACGAUAUCGCUGCGAUUUAAAGGUAGUUAAUACAAUAUUAUAAUAGGUUAACGAUCGCUUUGAGGGAUUUUCACGUACACCCUCUGAGACUUUUUUUCUUAAAAUUUUUUUUACCAUUGUUUACUUGUUGCGUACAAUAAUUAUUGCAACGAUUAAACGUUUCUUUAUUGUUUGAUUUUUAAACGUAUAGCGUCCAACUGCGUUGAUGCAGUCGACAGCACCACGUGCUCGUUAUAAUAAUAAUAUCUAAUACGCGUGAUGCAUUCAUUACCCGGAGAGAGGUAAACACAAUCUGUGCGCACGCGUAGCGACUGCGAAUUUUCCCGUUGCAUUUUCCGAACGGUCCAGUGUUUGUGGAACCUAUGUACAAUAGUUUAUAUUCGUAUGAAAUCGGAUCAUCCCACAUGAUAUUAUUAUAGGUACCGUUGUUGCUCCGGGAGCACGUCUGACAUUCCGUUGGGCAUGUUACCGACUCGCAUCGUUUUUUUUUAUAAUAAUUAUUAGUAAUAUUUAUUACUGCCCGAAGUAUGUGUUAUACUAUUAUUUCCACACCUCCCCUCCACGCGACGAUUGGCUCCUCGCGGUACGUGACAGGAAUUAUGGUGAAUAUCGCUGCUCGCGUGUUCUUACUAUUUUGUAACUGAGCGGGUAACGUCCAUGUACCAUUUUGUAGCCAUCGAAGCAUACUAAAGAGUCCAACGAUAUUAUUUGAAUUGCCACGGAGAACAUGUUCAGUAAUAUUGUUUAGUAUGAUAAUUCUAGUCAAUAUUUUCUUUUCAUAAUAUGAACUUUUAAUCCAUCGACAUCACAGUAUAAAAUUUAAGCGUAUAAUGACGCAACAUUGUGCAGAAUUUCAAAUACGUAGUGACGAUCGUCGGAUCGUGAUACUAAAAUAUUGAACUAGUGUUAUGAAAUAUAUUAGAUUAUAUUGUUUAGCGUACCUAGAGCCUAUAGGUGUUUAUAUUAUAAUGAACAAAACGUACUCAAUACCGAAAAGUAUUAAUAUUUCUAAUUUCUAAAAAAAAAAAAAUUUAAUAUUAAAAAGGCUAUAUGAGGAGAAAAUAAAAUAUAUGUAGCUCUUAAACAAUUUUUUUAUUACUUAAACUAAAUAUGGAUAAUUUAAUUUAAUUAUGAGUGUCUGUGCGGUAUUAUAUAGGUACACGCAUAAUGAUAAUAAAUUGUAAAAAACUGUGAGCAUGCAUCGUCAAUAUUAACAAAGUAACGAGUUUUAAAAUGUUUAUAAAACAUCAUUUUUCAGCUUUGAUAAAAUAUAAUAUUUUAUAGUCAACGUUUCAAUUGCACCUUAUGCAUGUACCUAUGUUUAUAUUAUAGUAACACUCCGUGUACAGUUUAGGCUAUAAGUUUAUUUUUGGUCCGUAACGUCUCGUUUUGACCAAACCACAGGUUGCCGAACUUUAGUAUAAUAAUAAAUAAUGUGUUCAUGUGUAAUAGCAACAAUAAUAAUGAUGAUAAUUGUUCUGGAAAAUUGAGAAUAAUAUAAGAUGAUGAUACUAAAUACAUAAUAUCAGUGUUAUACAGUGCAAAUCGUUUAUAAUGACGUUCGAGGGACCAGUAGUAGAUAUAGGUCGUAACAAACCGCCGUACAACCGGAUGGCAUAAUAUUAUGUAUAGAAGAGUUUUGCUCGGAGUCUCGGACACUCCAUUAUUUCACGGGACCUGACAAUAUUAUGACAAUAUUAUACAACCACGGUGUCUUUAUAAACGAUUUCUACUGUAUGAUAUAAUAUACCCAUACAGUAUACAUUUCAUCAGCAUAAACAAAUAAUAAUUAACAGGCCUGAAUUAGGAGAACCGACCGCGUUCGGAUGAUAUAUUGUUUAACGUAAGUAUAAAAAAAAAAAAAAUAUAUCGAAUAGCUAUCGAUAAAUCUCUAUGAGAUGAACGUUUUGAUUUUUAUUGUUUUUUUUUUUUGUCUCUCUCUUGUAAAUAUUGUCUAUAUAUAAUCACUAUGUACAUACACGGAACUGUACCAUUUUAGUUGCCUCCCCUCCCCGCCCCCAAAUUCCUUACAACCCCUUUUUAUUUAUUUAUUUAUUUUAUAUUUUUUUUUUCUUUUACAUAUAGAUACAUUUAAUAUAAUAUGUGACACCACCCCUACUACACAAUAAAUAAUUGUACGCUUUUUAUAUUCUGACUGUUCGGCGUCAGCGAACACCGUAUUACAGGUACACCUACUACCUUUAGAACAAUAUUAUUAUAAUAGCAAAAGUGUACGGCCACAUAAAAUGUCUUUUUCCAAAAAUAUUUAGCAGUAUUAAAAAUAUAACAUUGUAUAUAACUUAACUGUAUUUAGAUGAGCGUGUUGGCCGUGUGUGUCAUAAUCGAGUACGAAGCCGCACGCCCAAGUUUUGUAAUGUUCUAAAACGCUAGACGCGUUAACAGGUGCCAUAUUAUAAUAUAGUAUAUGUAAUAUUAUAUAUUUAUAAAAAUCCCAAGAUAAUUAUGUAUUUUUAUUUUCAUAACCCCCUCCCCUCUCCCAACAACCAUCAAAUUUAAUUUUUAUUUGAUUUGUGACCUAUAUAUAAUAUAUACAUAUAUAUAAUAUUAUAUAUGUAUAUACAUACACACUAAUUUUUAACAUCAUUAUUGUUACGAUUAUUAUGUUUUUUUUUUUUUUUAUAUAAUUCACCAGUACAAUGUGUUGUACAAAUGUACAAUACAAGCGAUUUAUAUUAAUUUUUUUUUUUUUCCAAUUGGAACUUUAUUAUUAGGUACUUCUCCCCCACCAGGCACAUCAUACUAUAUGGUAACAACCGUCGUCGUGUUAUUUUUAUUAUUAUAAAAACAAAACAUAUUAUUAUAAUUAUAAUUAUUAUUAUUAUUAUUAUUAGGUAGGACCUGAGCAGAUCGCCGCUCGCUAACAUGUAUUUUUUUUUU